CGCCUUCUAGCCGGGAGGCAGUCUGUGUAUGGCGCAUGCGCUCCUGCGUCCCCCUCCUUCCGAGCUGCUGGGGGCCCGGGUUCUCUGCAGUACGGUCCGAGUCUCGGAACCGCGAUGUUGCCUUUCCCUUUGCUUCGUGCAUUCCGGCCCCUCCGGAGAUGCAGCCCGCGCUUCCAGGUGGCUCUUCGGGCCCAGCAUGGAGAGGCAGCCCAGGCCCAGGCUGGCGAGGCCGCCCGAGGCUGGACGGGCCAGGAGAGCCUGUCCGACAGUGACCCCGAGAUGUGGGAGCUCCUGCAAAAGGAGAAGGACCGACAGUGCCGCGGCCUGGAGCUCAUCGCCUCCGAGAACUUCUGUAGCCGAGCAGCCCUGGAGGCUUUGGGUUCCUGUCUGAACAACAAAUAUUCAGAGGGCUACCCUGGCAAGAGGUACUAUGGUGGAGCAGAGAUUGUUGAUGAAAUUGAACUCUUAUGCCAGCGACGUGCCUUAGAGGCUUUUGACCUCGACCCUGACAGAUGGGGAGUCAAUGUCCAGCCAUAUUCAGGGUCUCCAGCCAAUCUGGCUGCUUAUACAGCUCUCCUGCAGCCCCAUGACAGGAUCAUGGGAUUGGAUCUGCCUGACGGAGGCCACCUUACUCAUGGCUACAUGACCAGUGCCAAGCGAAUUUCUGCCACAUCCAUCUUCUUUGAGUCAAUGCCAUAUAAACUGAAUCCUUCUACUGGCCUCAUUGACUAUGACCAGUUGGCCAUUACUGCCCGACUGUUCCGGCCACGUGUUAUCAUUGCGGGCACCAGUGCCUAUGCUCGCCUUAUUGAUUACGCCCGAAUGAAACAGGUGUGUGAUGAGAUCAAAGCCCAUCUUCUGGCCGACAUGGCACACAUCAGUGGCCUGGUGGCCGCCAAGGUCGUUCCUUCGCCUUUUGACCACGCAGAUAUCGUCACAACCACCACCCACAAGACCUUGCGUGGGGCCAGGUCAGGACUCAUUUUUUAUCGUAAAGGGGUACAAUCUGUGGACCCCAAAACUGGGCGAGAGAUCCCCUACAUGUUUGAGGACCGAAUCAACUUUGCCGUGUUCCCCUCCCUGCAGGGUGGGCCCCACAACCAUGCUAUCGCAGCUGUAGCUGUGGCUCUCAAGCAGGUCAAUACCCCCAUGUUCAAGGAAUACUCUAAGCAGGUCCUUCGGAAUGCCCGAGCCAUGGCUGAUGCACUUCUCCAGAGGGGUUACUCCUUGGUGUCUGGCGGCACUGAUAAUCACUUAGUUCUCGUCGACCUUCGGCCCAAAGGGCUGGAUGGAGCUAGGGCUGAGCGAGUGCUGGAACUCGUGUCCAUCAGUACCAAUAAGAAUACCUGUCCAGGGGACCGCAGUGCCAUCACCCCAGGGGGACUCAGACUUGGAUCCCCAGCCUUAACGUCUCGACACUUCCGAGAAGAUGAUUUCCGGCAAGUGGUGAACUUUAUUGAUGAGGGUGUUCACAUUGGGCUAGAUGUGAAGAGCAAGACAGGGAAGCUCCAAGAUUUCAAAUCCUUUCUCCUGAAUGAUCCUGAAACAAAACAGCGCCUGGCCAGUCUCAAGCAACGGGUGGAAGAUUUUGCCAGGACCUUUCCCAUGCCUGGCUUUGAGGAGCGCUAAUGGGUCGUGCCACCUCUCUGCUUCAAAGAACUGGAUGAUACUUAACCCUUCCUGCUAAGCAGAUUUGGGGAGAGGAGGCACUUUCUUACUCCUCUUUUUCUCUGGGGGGAAAGGAGAGCUCUUGGUCCCGAACGAAUAAGGACUAUCUCCCAGCGUGCUAAGCUUGUAGCUGAGUUUUCUAAUAUUCUUUGGAAAUUUGGCAUAAAGUAGAUGUGAUGUAUGCUAUUGCUUCUCUCUUUCCCCUAAUUUACAUUAAUUGAAAGCACCUUACUCUAUAGUUCCUCUUUCUUUUCUAUGGAGUUGGAAGGGGGCAGAUGAGCCCUUUGGAUGGGGAAAGGGACUCAGAGUUAGACCUUUUUUUUUUAUCUAAUAAAAAUGCUGCAACUGUCA